ACUGAGAUAAGAAGGACUGAACCAGUUUGCAGAUUAAUAACAUGGUGUCCUGACUUGCUCUGUAUGGACGUCCAGGAGCGUUCCCAGUUUGAACUGGUGUGAGGAGAGGUCACCGGGGAUAGAAUAUCUGUAACCCAUGUCUGCUUUAAUUACAUGGGUAUUAGCUGGUGGGGGUGAGGGGGUUCUAUCCCAACAUUUACCCUUGGGCAAAUGUCAAGAAAACAUACUUAGUCAAUUAUGCAAAAUAUUAUUUAAGAGGAUUCUUUUAAGUUCUCAAUUUUCUAAGAAAUCAGCUGCCUCUAAACUUUCUGCCUCUUGUUCUUUUUAGUGUUUAUUUCCUUUUUCUUCACACAUUUUCUUCUCUCCAUCAUCUGCUCCUGAGAUGGACAUGUAUCUCCUAAAGAUCAGACCUUUUAAAUAAUCUUUCCUCACUUGUUUGCUCACUGCAGUCAUCCUGGCAGUCGGUGUAUCCUCAGGCUAAGCCAAACAAGCUGAUCAGCCAGGCACCUCUGUACACACUACCCCCCACUAAGAGGCUAAUGGCCAGGACGUAUAAUCCUUCUCAAAACAACCACAGAGAUGCUAAUUGUAUCUAGCUAUAAAUACUAGCAACUGCUUGUCCUCUUUCUUCAUUUGUCUCUGCUGUUGCCUGUAAUGGUGGAGCCAACAGCAUCUUCCCAGAAGUACCCACACCUAAAUACCAGGAGAGGCUGCUGAAGUUGUGGCGAAACCUUUCCAACAGGCCUACGGAGAUUCAACACACGGAUAUACCGUCCCAUGUGGAUUGUGAACAUAUCUCAGCCGAGCUACCGUGAAGCGACGAGGUGAGAUGUUCCCACUGCCGAUGUUCACGCCCGACCAGGUCGCCCGGGUGUGCGAGAACCUGGAGGAGACCGGGGAUAUCGAGCGCCUGGGUCGGUUCCUCUGGUCGCUGCCUGCCGCCGUGCCCGGCUCUGCGGGGGAGGCGCUCAAUCGGCACGAGUCUGUGAUGCGAGCGAGAGCUCUGGUCGCCUUCCACACCGGGAACUUCGAGGCGCUUUAUCAGAUCCUCCAGAGCCACAGGUUUACCCGCGAGUCGCAUGCCAAGCUGCAAGACCUCUGGCUGGAUGCGCACUACAGAGAGGCGGAAAGGCUGAGGGGGCGGCCGCUGGGCCCGGUGGAGAAGUAUCGGAUCAGGAAGAAGUUUCCAUUGCCCCGCACCAUUUGGGAUGGCGAGCAAAAGACGCACUGCUUUAAGGAACGGACUCGGAGCUUGUUGAGAGAGUGGUAUCUCCAAGAUCCCUACCCCAACCCGUCCAGGAAACGCCACCUGGCCCAGGCCACGGGUCUCACGCCUACACAAGUCGGUAACUGGUUCAAGAACCGCCGUCAAAGAGACCGCGCCGCAUCGGCAAAAAACAGGCUUCAACAGGAUCCGUCUGUCCUGCCGUCGGAGGGCUCCCCUGACGGUGCCCUGCAAGAGCGGCACCCCCACCCCCACCUGCUGCCUACUUCCCCUCGCCACCUCGGCAGCCCAGAGGCAAGCGACUGCAGCACAGAGACUGAGCGCAGAGGGACAGGGGCGUCUACACCAGAGAUCUCCGUCAGCAGCGACGGCGAGUUUGAGUCUUGAGAUGAUAAUUUUUUUUUUUCUUUUCUUUUUACACGGGUACAAAAACGCAACAUUAUAGAUGGUGGACAUGCUACAGCUGCUUAAUCAGAGAAGAAAAGCGGCGGGGGAACUUCUGCCUCUGAACAGACUUUGUUCAAGGAAUUAUGCACUUAAAAACAGCACUGAAAAGGGUGCUGGUCAUUUCGCCCCUUUGCUGUGUCGUACUUUUUCAGUUUUGGUCUUUUUCUGGCAGGAAAACAAGGCGUCUUCCACAGGACGCUUCAUGCCGAUGGAAUUCAUUUAUACUGGUCCCGGGGACAAAUGAUUAAAAGAAAUGUACUACAAUUUACUUACAGGUGGAUAUAUGGAAAUGUGGUUAUGUGACACUGUCGAUACUAUUGACCAGCAGAAGUUUGUUCACAUUUAUUUUGGUUUGAGGCGAGGUGAUAAUUCAGCUGCUUUUUUAAGAGUCAAAAAGACCAAAUGGCAUUGGGAACAAGGUAUUAAUUUUUACAUUUUUAAAAUGAAUACCCAUUUAGAUGAUAGAUUAUUACCAAGUGGAAUAAACAGAUAAGCAAUGGUUUUCUACAAUAGAUUGUUUACAUGUAAGCUGGCAAAGAGGCAAACUGAACCUGGAGCUCAACGAAACCCAUAAGCUUGGUUGUUGUUGAUGUGUAGAAUGAUAAUCAACUACUGGCUAACAGUAUGUUUAAGUCUCAGGUUCAGACUUUAGAGCUAAUCCUAAUGUCCGUUAGCUCAUGUGAAUAUUAGUACUGUCGUGUUUUUUCUACUGUUUCAAAUAAAUCUGUAAAUAUAAAUGA